AUGUAUGAAACACGAUGUAUUUCAAUGAAUGGAUUUUAUCCAGCGACGUCAUCUUGUUCAUCAAAUACUUCACCAGAUUUACUGAAACAUCAACAUUUACUUCUUACUACUGUACCAUCAUCAUCGCAUGUAUCUCAUCCAUAUUUUCAACAACAAAAACAGUAUCUUUUUGAUCCCCAUCAUCAACGUUUUCAUUUUAAUCAUUACAAUAAUAGUAAUUCCAGUGUUAGUAAUGACAUAAACUCCUCAUCAUCUGCAUCAUCAUCGUCAUCAUUAAAAACUUCUAAUCAUGAUCAAUUACAAUCAUGGUUUGCUGUUCAAUCACCAGGACAGCAACAGCAGAGUCCGGCAACGGUGAGAAUGAUCUCAGAGAACGGGCCAGCCUUUCCAUUACCUUUACAUUUACCACCUGGACAUACUGUUCAACAAGUUCUAGACGAAAAUGGUGUAUUAACACAUGUUAUUAUGCCACAGCCAGGACCACCUCCGCCACCACCCCCUCAUCAUUUGCAUCCCGGUUAUCCUCCAUCACUCUACAAUGGGAUUUAUGGUCAUCCUUCGCAAUAUCAUAAUCCAAAUGUAUAUGGACCUUAUCCAAACGACACGUUGUCUUAUCCCCCACGUUCUGCUUGUAAUCAUACAUCCUUAUCAGCAUCAACAAAUCCAUCACACUGUUUACUUCAUCUAUCAGACAGUAAUGGUUCGACAACAGCAGCGUCUACUAUAUCUAUAUCAACACCAUCAAGUAGUUCAACCAAUAAUCAACAACGUCGUUCACCUGUAUAUAAUGCAAAUAAUAAUGUUUGUAAUACAACUGGAGGAGGAGGAGGGGGAGGCGGAGGCGGCGGAGGUUCGAAUGGAAGAAAUUUAAAUAAUAGUGGACAAAAACGACGCACACCACAAUCUCAUGUGAAUAACAAUUCAUAUGUAAAUAAUGUUAGCAUGAAUGGUUCACAGAAAUCUCCACAUCAUCAUCAUCCACCACCAACAACAUUAGCACAUUAUACUUCAUUUUAUCGGGAUAUAAUUGUUCAACCAAAUAAUGAACCGGUUGAUUUAGCGGUUGCUGCUGAAUUUGAUAAAGAACGUCAAACUAUUGAAAAAAGUCUAUCGAAAUUAUCCUCACCACUCAUUCAAGAUAUUGAGAGUCGAAGUGCUUUAGUAAGAAUUCAACCGCCAUGCUCAACAUCAUCACAAUCAGAUUAUUCGAUUGAUUUUAUGAAUCUUAUCUAUGAAUUAUUAUUGUCCGACAAAGGCAAAGAUGCCAAAUACAAACAAGUCUAUUGCGGGGAUGCAAAUGAAAUAACUUUAAAAGAUCUUAAACCAGCAACAGAAUAUCAUUUAAAAGUAUGUGCCUGCAUUGAUUCAUGUAAAGGUGAAUAUACGAAUCCAAUUCCAUUUACCACUGAACAAUGUGAACCUGAUCAACCUCUACCACCAAAAUUACUUGGUAGCCGAUUAAAAAAUUCUUUGACACUAAAAUGGACAGCAACAGCUGAUAAUGGAUCAAAACUUACUCAUUAUAUUCUUGAAUAUGAUGAAGGUAAAGGUCGAGAAUUUGUUGAAAUAUAUCGUGGUAUAAAAAAACAAUCUAUGUUAAAUAAAUUAACGCCAGCAACAUUUUAUGCUUUUCGUUUGGCUGCUGAGAAUAGUAUAGGACGAAGUGAAUUUAGUGAAACAGUUCAAUUUAGUACAUUAGGAACAAUCCCACCUGAACCUGAUCCACCAACGUUGUUAGAAAAAGGUAUUAAACAUUUAACAUUAUUAUGGACUAAACGGCUGAUGGAUGAAACAUUUACAUUACAAAUGAAUGAUGAAUCAAACUAUUUUAGAAAUAAAUAUUCAGGUUCAUUAUUAACGUAUACAGUAACUGAUUUAUAUCGAAAUACAGAAUAUAGAUUUCGAUUAGCAGCACAUAAUCAAGAAGGGCAAAGUAAUUAUUCACAAAUAGCUACAUAUAAAACAGUACCUGAUCGACCGGAUACACCAGCUAAACCAAGAAUAAAAGGGCAAAUACAAGCAACACAAUGCCGUAUAGUUUGGGAUCCACCAAGAGAUAAUGGAGGUGCAGAUAUUGAACAAUAUUAUCUUGAAUUGGAAGAAUCCAAAGGUUUUCAUGUGAUUUAUAAUGGUUUAGAGACAGAAUAUGUCCUUGAACAACUUAUACCUGGUCAUUCGUAUUCUCUUCGUUUAUCAUGUUCGAAUGUAGGUGGUCAAAGUGAUCUAUCGGAUAUAGCACAAAUAAAAACACCAGCUGUAGCACCUGCUUCAUGUCAUCCACCGAAGAUUUUGGGAAAACCAAAAGCCAACUCAUUACAUCUUCGUUGGGUAUAUCCUGAUUAUGACGGUGGUGCGUCUGUUAUCGAAUUUGAAGUUCAAAUGAUAAACUCUGAUAAUUCAUCACGAAUCGUUUAUCGUGGACGUGACCUUGACUGUAUAGUUGCUGAUUUACUACCUGGUCGACCAUAUUUAAUUCAAGUUCGAGCAUUUAAUCAAGCCGGUGCUGGUCCAUGGUCAAAAUAUCUUGAUGUCAUUUCUGGUCCCGGUAUACCUGAAGCACCACGAAAUAUUUCUGCUGAAUGCCGCACAGCAAAUAGUGCACUCAUAAGUUGGGAAGAAGGUGUAAACAAUGGUGCAGCUAUAACUGAAUAUCGUCUUGAAUGGUCAAGAAAAGAAAAUUAUUCAUUCAUACAACUUUAUUGUGGUACAAAUUGUACAUAUGAAGCUAAAGGUCUUACUCCUGCUACACAUUAUUUUUUUCGAGUGCAGGCAGUUAAUUUAGCUGGUAUCAGUCCAUAUAGUAUGCUAGCAUCAUGUGUUACACCAGGAUCUCCACCAUCGAUAGUUACAUCAGUAAAAGCCUAUCCGAAAUCAACAUCAAUGACAAUCACUUGGAAAGAACCAGCUAAUAAUGGAUCAACUAUAACAUGUUAUCAUAUCGAUAUUGGUGAAAAAGAACUUAUUUUUGCUAGUCCCGAAUUGAUAGAAUAUACAAUAAACGAAGUAUUACCUGAUACAGCUUAUAGAAUUCGUAUACGAGCUGUUAAUACAAUAGGACAAGGUCCAUUCUCUUCAACUGCUAAAUGUCAUACAAAACCUUUACCGCCCGAUGCACCACAGCUUGAAUGUGUAGUAGCUACGUAUAAUUCUAUAAAAUUGAAAUGGAAUACUGUCAAUCAUGUAAUUUCAACAGUAGUAAAUAAUACUGAAAUGACUACAUCCGCUCGUGUUAUUACAUAUAUUAUUGAAAUGGACGGAAAAGAUGGAAAUUUUAAUUCUAUUUAUAUUGGAAAUGCAUCUUCACAUAAAAUAAAUAAAUUACAAGAAAAUACAUCGUAUCAUUUUCGUAUAUGUGCGAAAAAUGAUACUGGUCCUGGUCCAUGGUCUGAAAUACAUACAUUUACAACACCAAAAUCGCCACCAAAUACUUUAAAAGCACCAAACAUAACAGAAAUAACAUCUACCUCAUGUGUUUUCAAUUGGCAAGCACAUAAACCUCUUGGUAAAGAUACUCUCAGUUAUAUGUUACAACUUCAAAUUUAUAGAAAAGAAAAUGAUUACAUUGAAAUGUACAAUGGUGAAUUAACAUCAUAUCGUGCAACAAAUUUAGAAUCCGGUGUUGAUUAUCGUGCACGUGUUUGCGUAAUUCGAACGACCAAUGAAGGCUUAUCAUUAAAUAGCCCAUUUAGUCACGCAACACAUUUUGUUUUGUCACGACCAGAAGAUUUGGCUGCAACAUUAUCUGCUUCGAAAACAUUAGAUAAUCGUUUGUUGAAUGGUGAUAAUCGUGAGCAACAACCAUCGUUUAUAAAUCGAUAUCGUUCAGCAGUUCAUCGAAAAUUCAAAUUAAUGAAAUUAUUUGAAAAUCGAACAUUAACUGAUCAACAAUGGGCAUUUGUAAUAUCAGUUGGUUUUGCCUUAUUAGCCAUCUUUAUUGCCAUAUUUGCCAAUGUUAUCUAUUCAAAGUAUAAUAAUGAUGCAUCAAUAUCAGUCGAUAAUACCUUUUCUUCAUCGUCUCCAGGAACAAGAAAUUAA